AUGGCGGAGGGAAGGCAGUGGAUCGGAAAGGGAUCGGGACGCACUAGGAGGAAUACAAGAAAGAAUUCUGGCCGUCUCCUCCGUCUCCUUCUCCCAUAUUCUAUUUCCUUUUUCUUUUCUUUUUUGAACACCAUCGCUUUCUUCCUUCUUUCAGUCUUUGUUUCCUUCCCACUCCCAUUUUCCUCACCUUCCAUUCUCCGCCGGUGUCCGCCCUUAACAUGUCGCGUGCGCCCUUGUUUUUUUUUUUUGCCUUUUUUCAUUAUGAUUCUGAAACUUCCUAUAUCCCCCACCAAACUAUUCUACAUUUUCUUUCUUUCUUUCUUUCUUUCUUUCUUUCUUUCUUUCUUUCUUUCUUUCAACUAUAAUUACACUUUCUAUCUAUCUAUCUAUCUAUCUAUCUAUCUAUCUAUCUCAUUAUGCUCUGGCUUUCCUUUUCUGUUCGACAUUCAUUUCCUUAUCUUUUUUUAUUCCUUUCAUCUAUCUAUCUAUCUAUCUAUCUAUCUAUCUAUCUAUGAUUACGUUUUCUUUCUUUUAAUAAGCUUUCGUAUGCGUAUAGCGCGUCAUUUUCUAUUUUUCUAUAAUUACGUUUUCUUUCUUUCUUUUAUCUAUCUAUCUAUCUAUCUAUCUAUCUAUCUAUCUAUCUAUCUAUCUUUUUACGCUUUCAUCUUUCUAUAA